AUACACAGACGCACCUAUACCGGAAGUCAGCAAGUCCCGGUCUUCUGUUUCGCGUGUUUGAGAAGAUGGCAGCUCGCAAAGAUGCUUCGCCUGGAACCAGCCUGGAGUCUGCUGUAAAACAGGUUCAGAUUGAAGGCCUGGUAGUGCUGAAGAUUAUUAAACACUACCAGGAGGAGGGCCAGGGCAGCGAGGUGGUGCAGGGAGUGCUGCUGGGCCUGGUGGUGGAUGACCGGCUGGAGAUCACCAACUGCUUCCCCUUCCCCCAGCACACCGAGGACGAUGCUGAUUUUGAUGAAGUUCAGUAUCAGAUGGAGAUGAUGAGAAGUCUUCGUCACGUCAACAUCGACCAUCUGCACGUGGGAUGGUACCAGUCCACGUUCUUCGGCUCUUUCAUGAGCCGGGCCCUGCUGGACUCUCAGUUCAGCUACCAGCAUGCCAUCGAGGAGUCUGUGGUGCUAAUCUACGAUCCCAUUAAGACAGGUCAGGGCUCCCUGUCCCUCAAGGCCUAUAGGCUGACCCCUAAACUCAUGGAGAUUUGCAAAGAGAAAGACUUCUCUGCAGAAGGCUUGAAGAAGGCCAGUGUGGGCUAUGAGAACAUGUUUGAGGAGGUUCCUAUUGUCAUCAAGAACUCUCACCUCAUCAACGUGCUGCUGUGGGAGCUGGAGGACAAGUCGACUGUAGUGGAAAAGCACGAGCUGCUCAGCCUCUCCAGCAGCUCUCAUCUCGAGAAAAGCCUGCAGAUGCUGAUGGACCGAGUGGACGAUAUGUGCCAAGACAUCAACAAGUACAACAACUUCAGCCGCAGCCUGAGCAAACAGCAGCAGCAAAAGCACCAGUACGUCCAGAGGCGUCAGCAGGAGAAUGCUCAGAGGCAGAGUCGAGGCGAGCCUCCGCUUCCUGAAGAAGACCUCACCAAGCUGUUCAAGCCUCCACAGCCUCCUCCACGCAUGGAUUCCCUGCUCAUAGCCGGGCAAAUCAACACGUACUGCCAGACAGUAAAGGAGUUUACAUCCCAGAACCUGGGCAAGCUCUUCAUGGCCGAGGCUCUUCAGGACCAUAGCAGCUAGAAGACAGCAGAAAUGAUGGAUCUCCUAAGGCGAGUCCUGUAAUUGGUUUCGAGUAAAUCUCCUUUAAGUUGCUAACAGAAGAAGAGGAAGAAGAGAGGGAUAAAUUGCAAGGGUCUCUUUUGCAUAACAUGUACCUAGCAUGAAAUUGUUACAUGAAUAUUUGUAAUUGUUCGUGUAUAUAAAUCAUUAUAUCUAACAACCGUGCAUAGGUAUGCAUUUUAAAAAAAACAAUUAUAUAGCACAUGUUUUAGCUACAUUAUGUAAGCUGGACCUGUGAAGAGAAAGCAGAAUUACCCUCUUUCGGUUUUGUAAAAGGAGAUUUGACUAAAUUGGAUAAUUAAAUGGAUUGUGCCUAACAUUCA